AUGAAAUGGGAAAGACCGUUGGAGGGUUGGCUGAAAGUGAAUUUUGAUGGGGCUUCUAAAGGGAACCCGAAACCUUUGGGGGCAGGAGUUAUAGUGCGAAAUUGGAAGGGGGAUACUUUGGCUAUUGGGGCCCAAAUAUUGGGGAAUGGUUCAAAUAAUCUGGUUGAAGUAACAGUUGCUCUGCUUGCUAUUAGGAUGUGCAAGAUGCUUGGCGCUAGGAAAGUGCACUUCAAAGGUGACUCUUUAAUUAUCAUCUUAGCUUUAAUGAAGAAGGGUAUAGAUGCAUGGCACUUACAAGGUUGGAUCCACAACAUCCUUGAAGGGUUGGAAAAUUUUGAGGAGGUUCAAUUAAGUCAUAUUAAACGUAUUAGUAAUGUCGAAGCAGACACUUUAUCUAAGUGGGCUCUCACCUUUUUUGAAGUGGGUGACUUCAGGUGGGAGGAUUUUCACACUAUCAGACUGGAGGUUGAUGCAGAUGGUCAUAUUAAUGAUAUCGUGAAUGAAGUGUACGAUGUCAGAAGGUAG